GGGGUGUGGCUGUGUCCCAGGGCGGGGAAUCGCGUAAUGGCGGACGCGGGCCGGUUGAGCGCGGCUGGGGGCGUAGCGCGCUGAGGGGGGUUUGGCUGUGUGGCAUCUCCGGAGGCGGCCCACGGGAAGAAGACCCCGUGCGGAGAAGGGCGGCUGGUAGGCCUCUCUGUCGCUGAGGGCGACCGCACGAGACCAGGUUGUUUUUCAUCAUUCAGAGCAUUGCCUGAAGCAGGUCCACCAUGCCGUUAGUAACGAGGAACAUCGAGCCAAGGCACCUGUGCCGUCAGACGUUGCCUAGCGUUAGAAGCGAGCUGGAAUGCGUGACCAACAUCACCCUGGCAAAUGUCAUCCGACAGCUGGGCAGCCUGAGUAAAUAUGCAGAGGACAUUGUUGGAGAGCUCUUUACUCAGGCAAAUACCUUUGCCUCUCGGGUAAGUUCCCUUGCUGAGAGGGUCGACCGCCUACAAGUUAAAGUCACUCAGCUGGAUCCCAAGGAAGAAGAAGUGUCACUGCAAGGAAUCAACACCCGGAAGGCCUUCAGAAGCUCUACUAUUCAAGACCAGAAGCUUUUUGACAGAAACUCUCUCCCAGUACCUGUCUUGGAAACAUAUAACACCUGUGAUACUCCUCCACCUCUAAAUAAUCUGACCCCUUACAGGGACGAUGGGAAAGAGGCACUCAAAUUCUACACAGACCCUUCGUACUUCUUUGAUCUUUGGAAGGAGAAGAUGCUGCAGGACACCAAGGAUAUCAUGAAAGAGAAGAGAAAGCAUAGGAAAGAAAAGAAAGAUAAUCCAAAUAGAGGGAAUGUAAAUCCACGUAAAAUCAAGACACGGAAGGAAGAGUGGGAGAAGAUGAAGAUGGGACAGGAGUUUGUGGAAUCUAAAGAAAAGCUGGGGCCUUCUGGGUAUCCACCCACCUUGGUGUACCAGAACGGCAGUAUUGGCUCUGUUGAAAAUGUGGACGCAAACAGCUACCCACCACCACCGCUGUCAGACUCCACUUCUCCACCUUCUCCUUCCUUCUCUGAGGACAGCUUGCCUCCCCCACCAGCAGAAUUCAGCUGCCCAGCAGACAGCAACCAAAGAGGGCCUGGCUUAGCUGGACCCAAAAGAUCCAGUGUGGUCAGCCCAAGCCACCCACCACCAGCUCCUCCUCUGGGCUCUCCACCUGGCUCCAAACCCGGGUUUGCUCCACCGCCUGCCCCUCCGCCGCCUCCUCCAAUGAUGGGCGUUCCACCCCCGCCACCGCCCGGAGGAUUUGGGCUUCCAGGGACCCCACCACCACCUUCACCCUCAUCUUUCCCACCUCACCCCGAUUUUGCUGCCCCUCCACCUCCUCCCCCACCGCCCACAGCUGACUACCCAACUCUGCCACCACCUCCCUUGCCCCAACCAGGAGGAGGUGCACCUCCCCCUCCCCCCCCUCCUCCUCCUCCGGGGCCCCCUCCUUUCCCUUCCAGUGGUGCAGAAAACCCGUCUGUUGCACCACCACCACUUUCUGACGCCACCAAGCCUAAGUCAUCCUUGCCUCCUGUGAGUGAUGCCCGCAGCGACUUACUUUCAGCCAUACGUCAAGGCUUCCAGCUGCGCAGGGUUGAGGAGCAGCAAGAACAAGAGAAGCGUGAUGUUGUGGGCAACGACGUAGCCACCAUCUUGUCCCGUCGAAUUGCCGUGGAGUAUAGCGAUUCGGAAGAUGAUUCCUCUGAAUUUGAUGAGGAUGACUGGUCGGAUUAACUCUUUCUGCCUGCUACCCACCUCUUCUUUCUUUCCUCCUGCUGCUUUCUUUGAUGCAUAUCCCAGCAGUCUAAUGCAGGGGGAAAGGGAGGAAAAAGAAUUUCAAGGGGCCAAAGUCUUCCCUGACGCAACCAAAGAUAUAUCCGAGUGCUUCCUCCAAAUCAACAUAUAUUUUCCCAUUUCCCCAUAGAGGUCCCCAGAUUCAGUAGCUGAGAUCUUCCCUCUUCAAGUAACUGUUGCAUAUUGAGAGAAGGAAAUACUCCAAAGCAGAUCCCUUCGAUUGGGUUUAGAUUGGAGUUAAUAACUUCCCUUGGGAGCCAUGUUCAACUGUGGUCUCCUUCCAAAAUUCUUACCCUUCAAAUAAUACCAGCCAUCUUCUGGUCCUAAAGCCUGCCCCUUUAGGGGCAGCCCCUAUCCUUGCAGCCCCUUUCCUGCGCACCAAGAGGGCUGAGCAGGCCACAUGCCCGAGCAGCCAGACUGCCACACCUUCUGCCCUGGUCAGCAAGAUGAGCUUCCCUUUGCUAAGCCAUGUCUAUGUCUGGACGCCCUUUAUUCUAGAAGCCAUGAGGCCCUAAGGAGUGUCUUCCCCUUUGCCCAGAAAUGGUGCCUUUGUGAAGGCUGAGUUUGUUGCCUCCUUCCCAAGCCCUUUCUCCAGAGUAUGGUGUUCAGGUGUCCCUUAAAUGGCCCUCCCUCGCUACCAGGUGCUCUAGCUACCAUGGCCCAGUUCAAACUUCUAAUACCCAUGACCAAACUAGCCCCAAUGCGCAGGGAUCUGACCUCUGCUGACUGUCAGGAGCCAAGCUUAGAGACUCAGGACUGCAGAAUUGGUGGAACUCCUUGGAAUCCUACGCCCUUAAUGACGCUGAAAUGUAGAAAUGGGAAAUGACUUGCUUUGGGUCAUACUUUGGAUAGUGACAGAACUCUAGAGCCCAGAAUUCCCGAUUCCAAGUCACCUCUGCCUUCUGGGACCAAAUAGUGAGCACUUGAUAGAAUCUAGGCAGAACAGUCUUGGCUCUGUGCUACUCCAGACCUCACCGUAGGUGGGAGUCCAGUAGGAGAGCUCAGAGCCGGUGCCAGGCCUAUCCGUGCUGCUCAGAGCCUGUAGCCUGUCUUACAAUUCUCUGCUCCCCCUUUACUAUCACCACUGAACCACAUGACCUUGGGAGCUACCCUUCUGGGGGACCAGAGGUAGUGAGAGAAGGAAGGGGAUACACAGCUUUGACAGGUGCUGUUUUCAAUUCCUCUGCAAUUUGUCCCCCUUUUAUUUCCCCAGUUCAAGCAUAGGUUCUGCCAGCUGUAGAAACUUCAGUCCCUCGGGCUCAUGGCUGCCGCAGGUAGCUGCCUAGGGGGGCCUGGCAGCCGUGAGGAGGGCUGAAAGGCAGAGGGGCUCUGGCUGUCGUUUCCAGCUCCCACCUCAGCGCGUGCAGUGAUGUUCCCUCCCACGCUCCCCCUCUUCCCAGAGCUAAUACACAGGUGCUAUUAUUCAGAAAAAAACUGGUCAGCUUUGGCCAACAGUGAGGUUUCUUCUCUUCUGCCCUAACUAUUGUGUAGCCUCUGAAACCGGCUUCUCCUGGCUUCUCUGGCUUUCAGAGCCCUGAAACAAAGAGAAACAGGAUCUGUCUCUACCCAGCACAGCAAAUGGUUGUAGUAAUUGCCAAAGCCCUCAUAAAGCCCUCCGGCUUGAGGAGUGCGUGUAAUCAUGGCUACUACCGCUGUGCCCGGGCUGGCUGCUCCCCCCUGCCUCCUCUCUGUGAACUCCCAGCACGGGGGGCCAAGCCUUUAGGGGCCCUCGUGCCCUCCUGCUGGGGCUGCUGCCGAGUGGACCCUCCUCCCCCUCCUCACAUCAUGUGUCUGGCACAGGGCUGGCCUCAUGCUCUGGUGCUGAGCAGUCCAGGCUGUGUGUGCUCCCGCCUGACACAUUGGAAGCUGAAGGUGCUUUCUUCAGAACCCUAAAAUGGCUGUUGAAGGUGUCCCUGGCUGCAGCCCAGCGGUGGCUGGAGAGGCAGGUGGAGGGCAGUGGUUCUCCCAAACAGGAGUCCUGGGGCCUGGCCAGGCCAGGGUUUGGGCCUAAGGGCUUUGACUAAAUUACUCCCAUCCCCCUCUGUUCCAGAAAAGGGGGAGCCAGAGCCACUCUCUUAUCAUUCUGCUCUGACCUUGAAGGGGGCGGUGUUGGCAUGGCUUCUGGAAUGGACACAGUUCGCCCUGGAAAGGGCUGGGGGCAGAAGGGGGGGGCACUGCCUGCGGAAGGUAGGAUUAGAUCAUUAGCUCAGUGACCUCCUAGGGUUUCGAUGUGCUGUGUUCUCAUCCUACAGCUGGUUUGGUAAUGAUCUGCAAGUCCCGGAGAGCAACAGCACAGCUCUGCCUGACGCUCUCAUUAAAAUCUAUGCAGCCAAGCUCAGCUUUGUAGCAGCCGGCCUCGUGCAGCCUCCUUACCCGGGGGGGGGGGGGGGGGGGGGGGGGCUGGGGACCCAGUCAGCCGAGAGGCCCUCUGGGCUCUAUUUAUGCAUAUGUGUACCAAAAAACAAAACAAAAAAAACCCCACUUCCUUAAACCCAGAGCCCUUUAAGAUGAUAAAGGACCUUAUGCAGGUAAUUGUGUGUCUUUAGAAUCCUGUAAUUGUAGAAUGCAAAGUUUAGUGAUACUUAAACUGGGCCGAAGCUGGGGAGUGUGUGCAGCAGUGGCUCCUGAGGACUCUUAAGCGCUGAAGGCAAGGAGCCACCUCCCUUCCCCAGUCUGCCCAGCCCCGGAGACCUGCCCCCAUUCCUGUGGCCCAGGGACCCAGCUUCCAUCGGCAGUGUCAGAAGUGACUUGUGGCUUUGCCAUGGUUGUGAGAGGACUACAUUCCAAAGGAGCGGUCACAGGGAGGGGGCAGGCUGUGCGAUCCCUCGGAGGCUCAGAGCAGCUGGCCCAAGCUCCAGCUUGCCUCCAGCGGAAGCUCAAGCGCCCUCAGAAACGACCCUGGCCAAUGUCACCGCAGAGCCGAGGCGGUGUUGUCAGGGCUAAUGUGAAAUCUCUUCCCGUGGCGCCGGUCCUCCGGCUCUGCAGCGCCAGCUUGGACAGAUUGAGGUCUCUGUGGCUUUGGUGACCCUGCUUAAGCAUUCCCACCGUGUCCCAGCUUUGCUCUCAGCCUGCCUCCCUCCGCAGUCCCCCUCACCUGACCUCCGGGCCUGGGGAGGGGGCCGGUGCCCCAGGGUGAGGGGCUUUUGCUCAGGAGAGAUGUCAGGCCUCUUGGGGGCUUCAGGCUUUGAGCUCUCCUGGGGUCCAGCAGACCUGGGACCAGGUGUCACUAGGAGAUACGCCUCAUUCUGUGCCUCAGUGAGGGCUAGGGAACAAUUCUGUUACUGUAUUAACUUGACUCAGUUAACUCACUUGAGAAACUAACCAAUUUUUACUUCCUGUCUAGAAUGAUGUACAUGUAGAAGCGUGAGCUGUUAUGUUCCCAAAGUGCCUUGUUUUCUCUGAUAUGAAUAUAUUUAUAAGGACCUAUUCCAGUGGAUUCUAGGUGUGGUUGCCACGUCGAUUUCAGGGAGUGGGCAUCUGUGUAGUAGGGAUACAGUCUGGAAGUGCGUCCCUCUCCCAUGAGGGUAGGAUUAAACCAAAUCCCUGAGGUGACCCCUUCUUCUUCACCCUACUCCUCUUAGACCCCUAGGAGGAUGUCCAGUUUUUUAAAGCCCUGUGGCUCCAAGCCUGGUCUCCUUUGUUUCCCUGCCAGGCCCAUGUGUGGACCACAUUAGCACCCGGUGACCUGAGGAUUCCAAGUAACGAUUUUAUGUUAUACAUGCAUAUAUGUAAAUGCCAACAUUUUAAAUAAUUUGAUAAAUCUUUGUAGCUACUCA